AACAGCAACAGACGACAGGAAAACCUCCGGAAACCUCCCCGCCAUAUUUCAGAUUUCUUUAUUUACUGUUUUGUCUACCUAAUUUUCAAGGUUAAUUUCUGAAUAAGAGGAACUAUUUUUAAUUCAAGAUAACUUCCCUAGUAAGAUAUGAAGUUUACAGAGCAUCUGAGUGCUCAUUUAACCCCAGAAUGGCGGAGUCAAUACAUCCGAUAUGAGGUAAGCUUGAAGCUACUUCAAAAAUCUUGUGUAUUUCAAGCUUUAUUCUUGUGUAAAAUUGUUGUUAUGGGUUCGGCUUUGUGCCGUCUUAGCUUUUGUAUUUUUGUCUAUAAAUAUAAUUUAGGGUUAGCAGUUCCUGUUUCAGGAAAAUUGUUUUUACCCUAGCCUUGCUACAAUCUCGUGCCGGUAAUAUCCUUGCACCUUUAAUAAAGCUUGAUAUUAUCAUGUGAUUUUGUUUUUUUUUUUUAUAAUCCGCAGCAACUCAAAGAAGUGUUGUAUGAUGGCCUAGACAAGAUGCCAUUAAAGGAUGGUAAGAAAUAACUUCAGUUUUUUGUUUGUGCAUGUGGCUUUAGUGUAGAAGGUGUUUGUUCUUAAUUAAAUUAUGUAUGUACAUAAGCUUAAAUACUCCUGUAGACCCUGUGUACACAAUGUUGCCCCUCGUCUAGACGGGGAGCAACAUUUACAGAAAUACGUAGUAAUGCAUACCUGCAAAAUUUUCCAUAGUCGAAUAUGUGAAAGCCUAAUCUCCAAAGAAAUGAUAACCCAGAUUUCUGACAUCAUUUCCUCAAAAAUAAUGUUAUUUACAUCAGAACAUUACUGAUUGUUUACCCAUCUGAUGACAUAUCUGUUGAUUACUGAGAGUGUCUGAAACCUCUGAAACUUUAAGAUGGAUAUACUAUGUUUUUCCUUGUACUGUUUCCGUGUACUAUUACUAGUUAGAAUAUAAUUUUUGGUGUCUAUAUAGAGGCCAAGUAAACAAAUGUUAAAUUGUUGACCCAUAGUUCCUAUGAAUAUUUAUGUACACAGCAACUAAAUAACAAAUGAUAAAGCAAAUUCUUGUAAGUUAUAGAACAAGUACACACACAACUAAAAAAACUAAAGGAGAGAAAAAAAAGAAAAAACAAAAUAAAAGGAAUUGAAAGUGAAUCAAGUGGAUAAUAGAUAACAGUAAUGAAGCAUAUAGUUUAUAAUAAUAGUCUAUUUAUUUUGAUUACUUAAUGUCAAUUUUAGGCAGCCUAAUGAGCAUUUGAAAUGUUCAUAAAUGCUUGAUAAAGUAAAAUUUAGCCCAGGAUUCAGAGACACAUCUGUCAUGACCAAAGCCAGGUGUCUUAACAUUGAUGUGUGAUUACACUGUAGUUGUUCAUGCAUUUAGAAAACGUGGGACUUGUAAAUCUUGCUGUCUCAGACUUUUGAACUUUUCCCAGCGUGCAAAGAAAGUUGUGUCCAAUAGCCCGGAGCUAGUGGAUUUUGCUAUCGAGUCUAGUGAUUUUUGUUCUUAAAUUGCUGGAUGGGCAAGUGCUGUUUUUGGGGGAAAUUCAAAUAACAGAAGGUUUGUAAUCAAUCCUUCUAAUCAAAAAGGGUUUGGGGGCUAGUAAAAUGACUUAUGAAAUGCGUCUUUAAUAAGAUGCAAACUUUCCAUAUAAACGGCACAUUUCAUCUAAGAUAAGACGCACCUUAGCUAAGCCGGGUCCUAUUUUAGAACAGCCCUAAACACUUGUUCUUAGAUAAGAUGCGUCUUAGCCAAGACAAGAAAAACUUCAUCUAAAUGACCUUUGUGUCUUACAUAAGACGCAUAGUACUCACGCGUAAAUUUUUGGUGCGCCAUGUUGGAUUGCUGUUGCUAUGGGUAACAUUCACAUGAAAACGAGUCAAGAACAGAAAUAAGACACAAACCAUUUAUAUGAGCUGUUCUCAUCUUAGAUAAGACAUGCUCAUAAAAAUGGUACAGCUCUCGUCUUAUUUAAGACACAUCUUAUGUAAGACUCGUCAUAUUUUUCCUGGUAUAAAUGGCCCUAAUACAUGUGUAAUACUCUGUAACUAUAUGACUGGUUAUUAUGUACCUACACUGUAGUGGCACUGAUACACUGAACAGCAGUCACUGGAAAGAAAAUUAAAGACAGGAAAAGACACUUGAGCAAAUUACAAGCCCACCAAAAGGAAAAGAGAGCUUAAGAGUAACCAGCGAAAAAAUUGUUCUGCCGGGUGUACGAAAUUGGUAGGCAGGCUUGAGAAUGAAGUUUUUGACCUGCAGUUAUUAAAGCCGUGCCGAAAUUAACGCUGAUGAGAUUAAGUUGGAAGCUCGACAUGUUAGUUCUCUCACCUUGUCUCACCUUAUUAACUUUGCCUUAAUAAUGCAUUAUGAAGUGAAUGAACGCCUGACAUUGAGUCAGUUCUUUUUUUUUUUUUCACAGAAAACCCUGACUCAGUUGUGCAGAGUUAUUUCUCCAAGUUUGAGGAGCAGUGGUUUAGCUACUGUAAUGAGGAACUAGAAAAAAUAAAUACAUUCUUUGCAGGUACAUUUCAAUUUUCUGCCACGGUUGAAGUAUCCCACAUUCUUUAAGAAGCCCAGGCUUUUCUUUUUAUGGGGAAUCUCAUCAAGCAAAAAAGUUUUAGGCAACUCUCCUUUCUCGCCCAGACAUAAUGUAUGCUGUACAGAUCAAUUUUACAAGGAAAUAUAGAAAGAAAAAUAAGAUUAUGGUACUAGCAACAUUAUUACCUUUUAUAUAGAAAAUGAGAGAGGUCCCAGAUAAGAAGUAAACUUCUCAGUUGAAAGUGAUUAUCCUUUUAUAAAAUGUUUCAUCUUCUAGGAGAUAUGAUGUUACUGACAUAUUUUUUUGCCAAUAAAUACACUGGGGAUACAGUCUCACAUGAGGACCAGCUUAUUAGUAUUUUUGCUGGUUUCACUCUAAUACAGCAAAUGUAUGUCAUCAAAAAUCCAAAUCCAAAUCAUUCAAUCAGUAAAGCUUAGAAUCUGGGAAAUGUAAGAAGAUAAAAUGUAAAUAACCGAACAUUCUUGGUAAGGCUCAGAUCGAUGCGAUUUUUCAUAAUGUGAGUUACACAGAGAAAACUGUUCUAUCCAGCAGAUUUACUUGUUUGGAGCAAGAAGUCAUUUUGGUGUCCGAUCCCUUUAAGGGACACCAACAUACAAUGUCAUGUACAUGUAGUAGCAGGAAAUGACCAAACAUCUGUCACUAAGUUUACAGUUGUGUGUUCCAAAAGUUUCAGUUUUAUUUUGUGGUCAUUGUCAACAGAAAAAAUUGCUGAGGCUGGUCGUAAGUUUACAACUCUUAAAAAUGAACUGUAUGUGGCUGGAUCCCUCAAGGUGGGUCCUAGUUUAAACACAUUAGCCACUUCAAAGAAGAUGACUCUGGUACCUAAACCAAGUGACAAGGUCAAGGCAAAGACAAAGAAGAAAGCUUCUGAGCUAAAGUUUGCAUUUGGAGAGUUUUAUCUCAGCUUGGUUCUUCUACAGAAUUAUCAGGUACUUUCAUCUUAAUGUACCAUGGAGCUCAUCUAUAGCUUUCUUUAGUAUUGUUGUUAUUUGUAAGUGGUUUAGGGUGAUGGAUUUCAAUACGAUUUCCCCACUGGCUAAAUCCUCAUUGACCACUAGCUGGAGUUACAAUACAGUGUAUUUAUCAACUCUUCCAAAUACGCCUCUAGAGUUAUUUGCAUCAAGAGCUGUCCUCCUUAGUCUGGAGUUCAACUGACCUUUAAGCCAUGUUUCUUAAGAAAAACCAACUGGUAGAGCCGUGUACCUGUUGGGAUUAAAAACCUAUCUUACAUGUCAUACAAAAAUUAUGUAUAAUUAAUGUCUUAAUUUAAUUUGACAUUAAAAUUUUUGUUUCAUGAACCCAUGUAUGAUUGUAUUUUGAUAAAUGUUUGUGACAGAGGUUGGGAUAAAUGACACCAUGGAUAUAGUUCAGAAACAUACAUGUAAAAUGUUGAUUUAAAGUUUCCUGCAGUCAUGAAAUUUUACUUUAGUUGAAUUAUUGUGAUGGGAGCCCAAGAAAUGAGAACUCACUUGUUGGCUAGUGUAGGCCUUUGCAUUCAUUUAUUUUUUGUUAUUUUUGUUUCAGCAACUUAACUUUACUGGAUUUAGAAAAAUUCUCAAGAAACAUGAUAAGGUAUAGAAAAUUUUAGUGAAUCCCAGUUUUUUGCCAUAUGCAGUGUACUGUAAGAACAAGGAACUUUUAUAGGGAAAGCCAUCAUUUUAGCCAUUCAUUCAAAAUGGUUUAAUUUAAUAAAAUAAUAAUUAUGGUAUUGAUGUUCAAGUGCAUCAGGAAUAUUGAUUCAUGGAACCCUACUUACAGUGUACUUUAUACAAUCAAAUGUAAAUACAUGUAACAGUUACAUUGUGCUGGCUUAAUUGUUGUUUAAAAAUGUUGAUUGACUAGAUUUUGCUGUUACUGUGUGACUUCUCAAACCGGGGCACUUGGAAGAAGAUUAUUCAAUCACAGCUUUUUUUGAAAACAAAAAAUUCUCAAGAUUUUUUCACAAAUGGACCGAUACCAUUCAUUAAUUCAUUAAUUUGAGGGCUGUUUCCUGAGUGGUCAGGUAAGUUCAAAUGGUUUUUUAAAAAGUUUUCAUUGUUGAACCUGAAUUUUUUUGGUCUGUUUGCAAAAAAAAAAAACUUGAGAAUCUUUUGUUUUCAAAAAAUGUUGUGAUUGGAUAAUCUUUUUACAAGUACCCCAGUUUGAGUAGUCACACUGUAACAUCAAGCAAAUAGGACACAUCUACAUACACCUUUCAUUUAACACGUUUCUGAUCUACAUGUAAACAUAAACUUGCAGGUACUUGAGACAACGAAUGGUGCUCAAUACAGGCAAGAGAUGAUAGAAACAGCCGAUUUUUUCACUAAUAAACAUGUUGGUGAACUCAUUCUAGACACUGAGGUGUGUUGAAUCUUGUAAAUGUAAAUGUUGAUCAAUGUAAAUAAUAAUAUCAUCCUCUCCUCUAGUGGUUCUUUACUUCUCACACAGUGAGAAGUGUAUUAGAAGCUAUCAUUGUUUCUUAUCCUUAUCCAAGAAGACUAGAAGGUACAUCUUACUGGGAACACCAUUUGUAGUUGUUAGGAAGAAUAAAGGCAUUGCUUUCUCCUCAGUUAUUUAAAGCCCCUUGAAGUGUUAGUCAGGCGGAGAAUUGACCCAAGCUCGAUUCUCCACAGUCUCGUAUCCAUCCAUUAUUGAACUAACUAGUGAUAAUGAUUUUCUUAGAUUUUAUGACAUUGAUAGCAGAGCUCUUGAACUUGAAGUGUGCCGCAGAGCACCAUAUGUAUUAAAAUUUGGUUAUGUAUGCAUCCAAGAAAUUUUGGUUGUGUGAUAUCGUCUGUCCAUGCAUAUGUUGUAGUCAAUUUUUUAUCUCAGGUAAUUUUUGUUUUUCUUUUGUUUCUGCGUAUAGUAAUGUAUUCUAAAGAGGUUGAAACAAAAGAAAAAGAAGAAUUACUUGAGAUAAAAAAUUAACUACAAACAUACACCCGUCUGUAUAUAUUUCCUAAUAUUCGCCCUGUCAUGGAAGCAGAUGUAAAUGUCACCCUAAUACUUAAAUGUUGUUGUCAAUUGACAGUUUUCCAAACAGGGUAUCCACUGACCAGUAUGACAUGACUGUGUUGCAGGCUCACGUGUACAGUUUAUCGAGAUGAUGUUUUUUACUUAUUCCACUGAGCAGUUAUUUGUUUCAAUAAUAAUGAUUGCACGCUCAGGUCCAUUUUUUUAGAAGGACUUCAGUUUGUCUCUUGUUUAGUAGAAAAUUUUGUUUGAAUUACCUCAGAAAGACUUUCCUAAAGAAUCCCAUAAGGGCUUCGCUUUUGCCUUGGCUAUAUUUAUUGAAUUAUUAUGCUCAGUGCACCCUUAUCCAAGUUCUGGUAACCUCUAGUGAUCUCUAGUAAGUCAUUGCUAGCCCAAUCUUGAUCUUUUCCUUUGCCAUUUUUAUUGAUAAUUCUUUUGUCUUCACAUUUUUAGGAUUUGUACAUCACAGAACUUGAGGGUGGGAACCGCUCAAAAGCCAUGAAUAGACUACGAGUUCCUCCACUUCAAGAAGAACAAGUAAGUUUGAAAAACUCACUGAAUUUAUUUGUGUUAAUUUGACAUAAUGUGACUGUGAGAUGCAGUCUUUAUGCCGGCCUGCAAAUGACCUGCUCAUCACUAGAUCACGAGAGUUCUUAGUAGCUCUGUCAGUGGUUCUGAGAGCAAGCAUCCCACUAGUGUCUGGAAAGUCAUGAGUCCAAUUCCCAUGUAGAAUUUUUUUCUGAGUUCUUCUCUCCACACAUAUCAUUCUACUUAUUAUGAAUUUGUUGUUGUUGUUGUUGACAGCGAGGAGACUGGGUGUCCUGUAGAGCUGGAUUUUACGCUGGACUUUUUGUCAUGCUGGUUUCAAUUGCCACAGUUGCUGGUAGGUUGUGAUCCUCAUCAUUGUUUUCUGUUAACAAAGGAGGGUGUGUAGAAAUAGGGCAGCUUGAAAGCUGAUGUGGACCUGAUAUACAUGUAGAAAUAAACACUGUCAUAGAUUUACACAUUUUUAACUUAAUUAAGUAAGCUGCACAAUAAUUGGGAACUACAUCGUUUCCCAGUUUUGCAUUUUUCUUUUUUUCUACUUGAAUCUUCCUUUUUUUUUUCAUUUUUGGUUUGUGAGGAAUAUCUUGUUUUUUUCCAUCAACAGUAAUCUAGUCCUCGUUUAUUUUAUUUAAAAAACUUACUAUGUCCUCAAUUUCUAUAAUCUGUAGAACUAAGCCAUUCAAUUUACUGUUAAAGAGAUUUUUCCUUAGCUCAAGAAUUUCGGCAACAGUUGCUCCAGAGACUAAUACUUCGCUUUGCUUACGGACGAUUACUUUGUUUUAUCUUCCAGCUUUCUUUACAGAUCACAGUGGCGAGUUUGAUAUCGCUAUUCGUAUUUACCGUGGUAUUUUCCUUUUUGUGCUGGUGACGUUUCUUUUAGCUCUUAACACGUACGGCUGGCGGAAAGCAGGUGUCAAUCACGUGCUCAUAUUUGAACUUGAUCCACGUGAUCAUCUCAGUUACCAACAGUUACUAGAGGUAAAUUAACAAAAAUUGAAACCCGGAACUAGGUUGAACUUUUUAGCUAGUUAUUUCAUUAUAUUAAGGCCAAAACCAACUGGUUCGUCGUUGCAGUUCACAAAAAGCAACAUUCAGUUACGUGUCAAAGCAACGUCUCAUUUUCCUUUAUAGCUGGCUCGAUAAAAAAACUUACCUUGAUUUAAGGUGGCUCAACGUAUUAGUUGUGCAGAAUGUUUCAUCGCUUUUGUCUAACAGAUGACAAAUUCAACAACCUUGUUCUCUGACCUUCCUGUGAUCGUUUCGUGUUUUGCUGUUUUCAGUUUGCCAUUCGUUUUACAUAGCGACUUUGGUUAGCAGCGUGCAAAGAAAGUACUGUCCGAUAGCCCGGGGCUAGUGGAUUUUGCUGUCGGGCUAGAGAAUUCUGUUUUUAACUUGCCCGACGGGCAAGUGAUGUUUUAUGAGGAAUUUGAAUAACAGAAGAACAAAACGUUUUUGGGGCUAGUUGAAAUGACGUCUGGGCUAGUAAGUGCUAGCUUCAGCUUGCCCGAAGGGCAAGCUGUAAAAAUGAUUUUCUUUGCACCCUGGUUAGGCUAUGAGGGACUUUAAGAUCCAACGACACGGACGGCAACGAGAACGUCAAAAAAAACAAAAGGUUUAAUAAGCAAAACAACAACUUUGCACGUGCAUCACGCUUUUUUGCACAUUUCCUUCCUGUUUUUGCACGACUUCGACGUGAAAAUGCCUAAUUUCGCGUUUUAAGGAGGACAUAAACAAGCAACGAUGAAAUUUUAUUGCUCUUUCUGAGUUGAAUAUGGUCACUUGAAAUUCAGCGUCAGGAGGGUUUGCCUACAUUUGACAAAGUAAGUGGGUAGGAAUAAUUGCUGUUAAGACUAAAGACACUGAAAGAACGUAAAUUCACUUUUUAAGCGACGUUCUCGUUGCCGUCGCGUUGUUGGAUCUUAGGAAACCGCGGACAGCACGCAAAGAGCUAGCGCCUGGACGUACAGACCUACAAUGGAGUAACAACUAAAACUUUUUUGGUUAUCAGAUUUUCCAAGACAUACAGUAGGGUUCCGCUCGCGUGCACUUUCAGAGCAUUGCCAUAGAUAGUUAAUCUUAAUGAUAAUGAUCUUAAGUACUAUUUAACCUUUAAGUCCCAGUCGUGACCAAGAUCAAUUUUCUCCUAACAAUAUCAAUACACUGUCAAGAGAUAAGUUAUGAGAAUUAAUAAUAUGAUCAACUAAGAGAAAGUGCCUUGAUCUAUUAUCAAAUUCUCUUAGCCAAUUCUUUAAGGAAAUGUAUGGAGAUCAGUUUGGAGAAUUUGUAUGUGGAUACUGGCGCUUAAAGGGUUAAACAGGUACUAACUACUUCUACCCAUUUCAUUUUCCAUCUCAGGUUGCCUUGUUACUGGCUGUGCUGUGGGCCCUCAGUCUAGUAGUGUUUAUGUUUAGUCACGUGUUAGGUAUAGGAUCAUACUCUCCCAAUUUGGUGUUGGUGUCUUUCCUAUUCGUGUUCACUUUUAAUCCUUUCAAGAUAUGUUAUUACAGAGCACGCGUUUGGCUUCUAAGAGUUUUGGUAAGUGUACUUUACUGCUUAUGUAGCUUGCGAAUAUGCCCUACCUCCAUGUUUUUCAUUAGGCUCACUGGAAUCGAACAUGUCUGUCGUUGUUCUUACAUUUUUGUAAUGUCAUGAUCAGUUUCACACAUGCAACAGUGUUCAUGUGAGCGUCUAUGUGCAUCCAAAUAGAAGGUGAUUCUCAACCUACUCAAAUAAAUUACAAAGAGUCCAGAAGGGAUCAGAAACUGCUGGGGUACAUGUUGUGUGUGUAGUGUAGUGUCCAUGGUAAUACGUGGUUGUAACUAAAGAUGAGUUCAGACACCGUCUAAAACUACCUUACAGACUGAAAAUCUAGUUGAUAUAGUUCUGCAACUCGUGGAUAUUCUGCUGCCCUCAUAACGGCUUAAAACAUGCUUUGUUUUCGUAUUUCUUUUUUUUUCAGUUUCGUAUCUUGACGGCUCCCUUUCAACAUGUAGGAUUUGCUGAUUUCUGGUUGGCUGAUCAACUCAAUAGCUUAGCAGUAGCCCUGCUGGAUCUACAGUUUAUCAUCUGUUUCUAUGCAUAUGACUGGCACGUGAAUAAUCGUAAGUUUAGGAUAUUUUGAUUUCUGGUUGCCUGGUCAACUCAGUAGCUUAACAGUAGCGUUACUUGACCUGCAGUUUAUCAUCUGGUUCCUUUUGCAUGUUUAUGACCGUAAUAUUUGCGGGUAAAGCGAGUAAUAACACGAUUCUUAUGUCCUUAUACUUAUUUCAGUUCGCAAUCUUCCCUUCCUUUUCAAGCUGAGUUACAACGCAUCCUUGCAACCACGCCUUUGCGGUAAAAAACGUUUGACUGUCAAGGUGUUCACAACGUAUUCUCACAACACUCUUGUGAGGGUUGAGAUGGUAUUAAAUAAUCCGUUAAACCACUUGUAACUUUGUCAAGAAAUUGUCUCUCACAGCAAAUGUUCUACUCGCGCAUUUGCAGUGUAACUAAUUUAUUUUUUUUGUUUAAAUUAACUUAAAAUGUGUUCAUUUUAUUGACAACGAAGAUUUAAACAAUUUUUUGAUGUUGUCGUUUCUUCGUGGUUACUGCUCUAUCUUACCAAGAUAAAACUUGAAGUCGACCUGACAGCACCAUGUUGUUGUUUUUUCUUUGCAGCUAGUGAAAUGAUCUGUGAUGGUACGUUAUACGGUAUUCGACCUUUUGUAGCCUGCCUUCCUGCCUGGUUUAGGUUUGCUCAGUGUUUAAGGCGUUACAAGGACACAAGACAAGCUUUUCCUCAUCUAGUAAACGCUGGCAAAUAUUCUACAGCUUUCUUUGUGGUUGUAUUUUCUACUCUAGGUAAGAAUUCAUUGAUACAGAAGUUGGCGUUUCACAGAGAGGGAGUAGUGAAUUACCAGCUGCAUGUGAAGUUUAUUUUCCCGCCUUUUUUAUGCUCGCACUUUCUUCCCUUUUGCUGUUAUCAAUGGCGUUUUUUAUCUUUCAAGCAAUUCCGUUAUGAAACCUAGAUUGUUUACUUUAUCAAAAUUAACUUCUUCUCAUCCACUUUAGCUAAAAUUUUGCUAGCAUUUGACGGUAAAAUAGGAAAGAGAAACGCCAAUAUUUCAUCGGAUUCCGGUGCAGGCUUUUAUGGAACAGCUGUUAUGAAGCCAGCGUGGCCGAGCGGUUAGAGCGGUGUACUUGUAAUCCGGAGACCUCGAGUUCAAGUCCUGUCCUGACCGCUAGCCGGGGUGAGCAGGAUUUGUUGCCCACGCUUGUUAAUAGCCAUCGGGGCUGGGUCGUUCAAAGUUGGGUUAAGAUAACCCAGGAUUAGUGCGAAAUUUUAUUUCAGAGAUGAAAGCUUAAAGAGCAAAUUCACUUUAUAAUUCUUCUUGUCGGCAAAUUGAUGAUUAGAUGUUGUAAAAAGAAAGGAGAAAAUUAUCCGAGAAAGUGCUUUUGAGGCCCCCUCCAAAUAUAAGCCCCUUGAUCCCUCGGAGGUUACUGUACGCUUUCAAAACAAAACGUUUGGUUAGGCAACAGAGAAUUUUGUUUGUUUGCUUCAGCUAAAUCUGAUUCUGUGCAGCGCGAUCGUUUCUUCUUGGCCUGGAUUAUUGCUGCUUUUAUCAGUACAUGUUAUACUCUUACCUGGGAUAUUAAGAUGGACUGGGGACUACUGGACAAGAACGCUACUGGCGAAAAUAGAUUCCUAAGGGAGGAGACGGUGUACAGAUCCAAGGUGAGACUGCUUUCGUGCACCAUCCAGGAGGGGUUUGGUUGUAAUUGCGGUCGUGAGUAUUGAAAGGAGCUGUGCCAGGAAAUGUAUAAAAAAUUCAAACAGUAAGAGCUAGCUGUCACCAAAAUGAGUGAAACAUCAAAAUAGCAGCUCAAAGCAUUAAAAGAAGGUAUAACUAACACAACAAAUAUAAUAGAAGGCACGGAUUGACAAACAUGAUAGCCUGCGAAUACAGCCGUUUCUCUUGCUGCUCACCGCUAAGGACGUUUCACCCGGCGAAACGUCCCUGGCUGCGAGGAACUAGGAGAAACAGCUGUAUUCGUCUGCUACAAAUAUGAAGGCGAUUUAAACUGAUUAAAUUGGGGUUUUUGAAAACUUGUCAGCCAAAACAGUUUUUCAGAGCGAUUCAUUUUUGUCGCUUGUAACGUUUGAUGACGUUUUGGGAGAAAUAUUUGUGUUAAUUAAUUAUACGAAGCUGUGAAUUCGUCUUUUACAGGUAGAUUCCUCGCUAACGUUGAGUUCUUUACCGCAUAAAGACGCGUUAUUUAGCAAUUAAUGAAUGAGGCUGAGGAGGAUAUGAAGAAUUAAGCAGAUCGAGGAGGGUGUUAUCCACCUCGGCCGAUAACACCCUCCUCGAUCUGCUUAAUUCUUCAUAUCCUACUCAGCCUCAUCCUCGGAGACUCAGGGGCAGAUAGUGGGGGCGAGGGAAAGUCUAAACGGGCGGGAAAAUAUGGCACGAAGAAAACUAAAGAACGGCGAGAAGAGCCCCUGGGGACAAUGUCUUACCAGACCAGUUCAAAAAGGUCGCCGCCAUUCUGGCUUCUGAUUGGGCAGAAAAACACAAAAGUUUUCUGGCACCAAUCAGCAGCCAGAACGGCUGUGACCGUUUUCAACUGGUCUGGUAAGACAUUGUCCCCAGGGGCUCUUCUCGCCGUUCUUUAGUUUUCUUCUUGCCAUAUUUUUCCGCCCGUUUAGACUUUCCCUCGCCCCCACUAUCUGCCCCUGGGUCUCCGAGGAUGACUCAGCCUCAUUUAUAAUUAAUUGCUAAUUAUUAUUCAUUCAAAAUAUUUGGCUAAAAGAACACGCAUAAUUCACCAUAACCAGUUACUGAUGACCAAAUUUGGAAGAAUUUUGUGUUUAACGAGGAAAUGACGUCAAAAAUGCAGCCUUCUACAGGUUAAUGCACCGUUAACCGAGAUCCGGCUCUUGUGAAGUUCGAUGUGUGACAACGGUCCACGGGCCUGUUUGUUUGAGAUGAACCAGCCCGGUCAGCCGGGCUGGCUCGGCUCAUGCCAUGUUUUCUUUUAAAAUUUUCGUUGUGUUGAAGGCGGACUGGCCCGCUUGCCGAGAACUUGGCUUGAGCAACCGGAAUCUCGAAAAGCGAGCAGUGCAUGAGCCGAUCCAGCCCGGGCGUGGCUCACCUCGUAUAAACAGGCCCUACGAUUGUAUUGACGCAUGACACAUGACUCAUUCUCAACCAAUCGGAAAACGCGCCAUGCCAUGUAUUUGCAGUUUUGAAGGAGCAGUUGAUGCGGUCACUUUCCAAUUGGUUUUUGUCUGGACUGAUCUUCACCAUUUGUCUCCCUUCCCUCUUACGCUUUAUGUGCUUGCCCUUAUUUAUUACACCGUCUGCCACACCUUUUAAGGUUUCAAUGUUUCUUUGUUUUUUCUUUCAGGCAUUUUACUACUUUGCCAUGGUGGAAGAUUUAAUAUUCAGACUGUUAUGGACGCUCACGGUUUCUGUAGGACAACUGGAAAUAUUCCACUCUGAACUUCUUAAACUGAUUUUGUCAAUGUGUGAGGUAUUUAGGUAAGCGGCUUAUGAUUUAAGGCAAAACAAUUGUUAGUACACUGUACUUAAAAGUAUAGGACUCAAGAACUCUGUUGUUUUACCAAAGGAUUCCACAAGACUAUGCAGUACGUUUUGUCUAAUUAUCAUCGAUAUAUCUUGGAUAAAAAAUGAAAAUUAUAAUACAGUUCGGCGGCUUCACCCCGAGACGAUUCGCGACGACGAUUUUUAGCGCAACACAGCGUUGUAACAUUGCAACACUGACGCGGCUUUUUGCCUUUAACAGUGACGUGUCAAUACCACCAUUUUUGUGGGACAGAAACAGUCCAUGUAACCGUUGUAUUUAAAGAAAACCCCUUAAACUUCAGUUGAAGUCCCCGUACAUUUAUAAGGAAGCUUGAGCACUGAUGAUGACGGCAAGUGAGCGAAAACAUUCCUUAAAAGUUUUAAUUCGCGCUGUUUGAAACUUUAUCGCUAUUAUAUUAAUGCAUCUCAAUUAAUUUCUCAUGAUCAAAUACUCGAAUUUUCCAAAGGUGAGAAAAUGAAAAAUGAAAAUGGUUGUUGCAUUCGUGUUAGCGCAAAAUAAGAAAAUUUAGCGCCGUUGUUGUGCAGCGACAGCAAAGAAAUGAACCAAAAUGUGUAGCUGUUCCCAUAGCCCUUUGCCGUGAGGAGUAGCCUCCUACACAGGCGUUUGUGGGGAAGGGAGGAAAUACGACUCCCCCACGACUACGUCAAGAGCUUCAGGGAGUGUUCUUUAAUACUUAACUGAUUCUAGGUUUGCCCAUUUUUACUGUUUUCCUCCUGUUUUUAGACGUUUUAUCUGGAAUUUUUUCCGACUCGAAAAUGAGCACCUCAACAACUGUGGUCAGUUCAGGGCAGUGCGUGACAUCUCUGUGGUUCCCAUGGAAACGCAUGACGAGGUGUAUCUGGAACAACUGAUGGAUGACGUAAAUGGCCUGGCGCUAUCGAAACGGAAGUUAAACCGCCGAAGGAAAUCCUCAGUAGUCGUUAAAUCUUUGCGCAAAAUUUCCUCCCACACUGAUGGUGUAAGGGCGAACACGAACAUAGUCAUUGAAAAUGAGACGGAAACACGCGUUUAACGUUGACAAACCUACAGUUUCGAAUCAAUAUGUUAUCCAUUCAUAUCGUGAUUUCAAAUACAAUAUUGCGGACCAUAUAAAGCAAAGGGCAAUUUGGCCGGAUGAAUGAAUCCAUCGUAAAGCUAUAAUCAUUCUAUCAUAACAACAGCUAUUGUUGAAAAAUAUUACGUGGCUCUGGGCCCGGUUCCUCGAAAGAUGUUAAGUUUAACCCAGGAUUAAGCCAAAUUUUAAGCAAGGUUUUCCCGUUUAAGAACAUUUAACUCGAGCGUACAAAAUACUGUCGAGCCUAUACUCCAACAUACAGAAAUGAUAAUACAAAAUGUUACUCUAAGCAAUG